GCUGCAAAUCACUUAAUCUGACCAGGUUUUGGCGGUUUCAGCACCUCUCUCUCUCUCUCUCUCUCUCUCACUUAAACGCAACUACAGAACCGGAAUGAAAGGAGAAUGAUCUGGAAUAUUUGCACUAAUGUUUUCGAAGCAGAAACCGAAGUAGAGGAGAGCAACCGCAACUGAGAUAAAAGAGAGAGAGAGACAUGGACGGGGACGAGAUAGGUAUAGUUCUGUCUCGAGCUUCUGAACUUCGAGCGAAGAUUAACAACUGCAUCGACAAAGUCACGAGGCACGACAAAGACUACCAAGGAGAAAAUGGUUUCCAUUCGCUCGACGAUGGUGGUGAAGCAGACGAUGAAGCUGAGAGCCUUUUAAACAUUCGCGACGCACUUGAAUCGCUCGAGGAGCAGCUUUCAUCCUUACAGGCUCUGCAACAACAACAACGAUAUGAGAGGGAAGCAACCUUGGCUGAAAUUGACCACAGCCGCAAGAUUUUACUCAAUAAACUUGAGGAGUACAAAGGGGAAGACUUGGUAGUGAUCCACGAGGCUUCUGCCUUCGCUAGUGAGACGGUUGAGCAGAAUGAUGAUCUCCUCCUCCCACCAUAUCCAAGCCGACCUCCACGUUCUUUGGUCUUAGGUAAUGGCUAUUCCUCAAACUUCUCUUCUGCAUCUAAAUUUUCAAGUAGCAUCAUUAAUGAUUUUCCAGUAACUGAGGCCAAGAAGAGUACAAGUGAGUUGGACAAAACUCAAAGUCAAGCACCUGGUAAAAGCUCUUCUGGUGGAUUGAGACUUCUAAGUUUGGGGGCCAAAGCAGCCCUUACCCUAGUCAGUGUGAUAUCCGUUCUAAGCUUGGCUGGUUUCAAGCCAAGGCUUACGAAAACGAGCACCCAGUUCAAGGCUCUUGAUAUGUUUCAAAAGCCUACAGCCGAGGAGAAGAGAACCAUGAUUGAAUGUCCACCUGGGAAAGUCUUGGUGAUGGAAGACGGGGAGCCUCGAUGCCUCGUGAAAGAGAGGGUUGAGAUUCCAUUUGAGCCAGUUGUUAAUACACCUGAUGUAAGUUAUGGUUAUGGCUGAAAAACAUAUAGUUGAUCUAUUUCCUGUUGUAUGGUUUUAGUCAUCGGGUUUAAUCUUUUUUUUUUUGUGGUUGAAAUUUCCUCUUAAAGAGAAAGAUGAUGCUCAUUGCUUCAUCCAUUAAUUUUCUGUAAGGUAGGCCCGGACUUUAGGUGGUAAGAUAGGGGGAUGUAUGCCUUUCUACUCCUCUAUGAGUAUCGGUAAUAACAUUGCUUGAUUAGGUCUCCAAUUAAAUGCUCAGAAUAUAGCCUUUAAUUGGCUGUUAAGUUACUUCAAAUAUGA